AUGGAUGUGAGCCUGCAGCAACGCGAGCUUGUGGAGCAGGUGAAAAUCUGGUUCACUUGCACUGAGAUGGAGGCCCUGGUGCAGACGGCCGUUCAAUUUGCAGAUGCACACUGUGCUGUGUUCGAGCCCGAACUGGGCGAGCACAAGCUGGAGUACACCCGGCUACACAACGAAUUCAAGCAGCUUUUCGAGGACAGGCUGAAUGCCUUCUUGAGCAGCAUCGGUGCAACGCCCGAGGCGUUCUACGAGGCUUUUGAAAAAAUCGGGACGGAAGAAGGAGGCGAGGUGCAGGGACUUGCAGAAAUCAUGUACACGUGCCUGCAGUACGACUUCUUCUGCCAGAUCAUGUGCGAACGGAAGCGCGAGAUGGAAAUGCAACAGGCAACCGGUGUCCUUCCAACUCCGCCGCCUGCGCCACCCGGUGGCUAUGUAGGUGCAGAAGGUUAUUGCGCUGGCGCGCCGCUGGUCGUUUUCCUGGGGCAGUGCGGCACUGGCAAGACGGCGCUCAUCCGACAGUUUGUGCACAGGACGUUUGACCAGAACUACACUGCCACCAUUGGCAUGGACUUUGUUGGAAAGUUGCUCUCUCUUGAGGGACGGCAACUGCGCCUGCAGCUCUGGGACACAGCCGGCCAAGAGAGGUUUCGAGCAUUGAUGCCCAGUUAUCUGAGAGACAGCUCGGCCUGUGUCGUCGUGUACGACGUCACAUCCAAGGAGUCCUUUGACAGCAUCCGUGGCUGGGUAGACUUGGCCCUUGAGGGUCGCUCUCGCCGCGACUUGCUGCUCGUUCUUGUGGGAAACAAGAUCGAUCUGGAGGCGCAGAGGUGUGUACAGAAAGCCGAAGGCGAGGCCUUGGCCGAGGACUUGAAGAUGCUCUUCUUCGAGGCCACAGCGAAAGAUGCGACUCUUGUGGAUGCGAUUUUCUAUGGCUUGGCGGAAGGUUUGACGUCGGAGCAGCACAAGCCCGAAUCUGACGACGAGAUCGUGCUUACAGCACCUCCUCGAAGACGAGAGGUGCACGAUCGGAACAAGAAAUGCUGUUGA